AUGGAUGAUUUCAAACCUGCGAACGCCAUUAACGAUAUAUCGGAUGAGGAAGAGGAUGCCGCUACCGUGGUUGACCAUGGACCUCAUACCGUGAUUUAUUCACGAGAUGACUCCACCUUAGUGGAAGGUCUGAGUGACCAUGGGCGUUCAAAAGUCCUGGGAGGAGUCAAGGCGUCGAUGAAUGCGAGCAUCCAGCAACUCCAUUACAACCGUAACAAGUUGGCAUUGGACAGAGUCAUCAUUACCUCCAUCGAACUUCUUGAAGAGUUAAGUGAGGAAAAUAAUGAGCGCCCCAUCUUUUUCCCAAUCGACUCCGAAGAUCAUGCCAUUUUGAACUCCGCUAAAGCUCACUUGGCACUUCUCAAAUCGCUGGAAUUGGAAAGUAAGGUUGGGAAACUGAAACCGGAUUCACUGGACGUACCCAAACUCCAAGUAUUGAAAGUGCAACUCAAACUAGGUCCCGGCCAGGGUGACGUGUCGCUGACCUUGGACAAGAAAACCAUAUCAGGAUUGCUUGAACAAAAGAUCCGUCUGCAAAUCAAAUAUCUUGAGAAUUUGAAGGAUCGUGUCGACGAUACCAGUUCGAAGGUUUUUGUCACUGGUGACUUGAACUCUGGUAAGUCAACGUUCUGCAACACGCUUCUUAGACGCAAGGUUUUGCCGGAAGAUCAACAGCCGUGUACUUCAGUAUUCUGCGAGGUCAUCGACGCUAAACGUGAAAACCAUGGGAUUGAGGAAGUUCAUGCCAUCCCCAUUGGAAGCAAAUACGACCGUUUAGACGAAACUACGUUUGAGAAGCAUGCCCUCACCGAGCUUGAAGAGUUGGUGCAACAAUGUGACAAGUACGCUUUACUUAAGGUCUAUGUCACGGACAAGCGUAACAUUGACCACCUGCUUCUUGCAAAUGGGGUCAUUGACAUCAAGCUCAUUGACGCCCCCGGGCUCAAUAUGGAUCUGUACCAAACUACGCAAGUAUUUUCUCGUCAAGAAGAGAUCGAUUUGGUGGUUUUUGUGGUGCUGGCCGAAAACCACUUCACAUUGUCGGCCAAAGAAUUUAUUGCGGCGGCUGCCGCCGAGAAGCGGUAUGUUUUCGUUGUGGUAAACCGUUUCGACAACAUUAGGGAUCAGGAAAAGUGUAAGCGUCGCAUUCUUGACCAGAUUAAAGACUUGUCGCCCGAAACUCACAAGAACGCCGCCGAAUUUGUUCACUUUGUUAGCUCAACGGACGCAUAUGGUGGCGACGGUGGUGACGAUCCUGGUGACGAUGACCACGGUGGUAAUGAUGAUCCCAACUCUCCCGACUUUGAUGCGCUUGAGGCUUCUUUGCGCAAAUUUAUUCUCGAUAAGCGCGCGAUCAGCAAAUUGUUACCAGCCAAAGAUUUCUUGACUCAUCUUUUGUCCGACAUGGCGAUCAUAUCCGAUCAAAAUGAACAAAUCUGGAGUCAAGAAGUUGCUGACAAGACAUUUGAGCUUGAAAACUCUGUGUCACCUCAGUGUGCCGACGCUCAAAAGGCCAGCGAUAAAGUUCACAAUAUCAUCAUGAGACAAAUCGAGCUGGUGUGUCUGGAUACAUACGACAAUACUCGCAAUUUCAUUAAUCAGACAAUCAGAGAGUUGGGUUCAACCCAAAUUGUCGAAUACAUUGGUCUUUCAGGAGUAUUUGAGUACGCUAUUGCCACUCAAGAUGCUAUGGUGUCGCAGGUUCUAGCUUCAGUAUCGGAUGCUGAGGACUUAGCUCGCGAGGUAACGGAGGAAACUGUCGCUGAAGUUGUUAAGGAAGGUAAACAGAAAUUGGGCGAUGAGUUUUUGGAAGGUAAAAGAUUUAACUCUAGCUUGAUGUUCACCGGGAAACAAAAGGCGCCUUUGCAAUUCAAAGACACGCGGGUGGAUGUUGUUGAUUUCUUUGAUCCCUCGAUUGAAGGAUUUUUGGUUUUCGUUGGGUUGCCACCGGACCUUGUGUCCAGAUCUUGUGGUCAUUUGGAAGCAGUCAACCCGACGGCGAUCAUGACUGGAUUUGCGAGUACUGUUGACACCUUGAAAACGGCACUGCCCCAAUCCUUGACUUUACACGCGUUAUAUUCGCUGGGCAAAAUUCUCGGAGCCGGAGCCAUCGUGCGAAAAGUGUGGGACGCAUCCCACGUCAUCUCCCCCAAUACAUUGAAAUAUAUUGUUGUUCCCAUCGUCGCAGUCAUUCUGGGUGUCACUGCAUGGUACUUAAUUUCUGAUAUCCCUAACGCUUACCCCCGCAAUGUUGCACGCAAAUUGCGUCGGAAACUCGAAACCAGCGAGUACUCGCAUCAGCAAGCUACCCGUGUAGCUAAGGAAGUUCGCCACGUUCUCAAUUUUCCAGCACGUCAAGUUCAGACUCAAUUCCAAACCAGCAUCGAUAAGAAGCUUCAGGAGAAGAAGCGCUUGCUGGAGGAUAUACAUAACGCCGGUUUGAGUGUCUCCUAUUUCAAAGCUCUCAAUCAAAAAAUCAAGCUUCAACAGUCCGCCUUGAGUGCUAUUGAGUUAGAGAGCUUCAACUCAGUUGAAUAA